AUGUCUACCCCUCAGUCCCUCCCCCGGGUCUUGAAAGUCCACGAGAUCAUCCCAACGAUGCAACGCAUUGUCUCACAGCAAAACGCCAUUAAAGAUGAGAUUAUCUGCACCGUCAGCCCUCUCACUGCCAGCUUCGAUACAGUGCUGCGUCCCUGGGCCGAUGUCGAGAAUCUCGUGCAAGGUGAACUGGGCAUGAUCUACAUGCUUCAAUACGGCUCUCCUGACAUGGCAACUCAAGACGCGUUCACGCAGGCUCGCCAGCUUCUCUUGGCGGCGGAGUUGCAAUGGGCCUCCAACGAAGACUUCCAUCGUCUAGUUCAAGCCGUUCAUGAUAAGCAUGAAGAACUAGACACCGAGUCGGCGCUCUUCUUAAAGGAAGAGUUGCUGGUGUACAGACGAGCUGGAUGGGGCGUCCUGAGUGCUGCUCAGCGCGAGGAAUAUCUACAGGAAAAAAGAGAGAUAUCCAAGUUAGAGAGCGCAUUCAAUCGCAAUCUCGCCCAGGAGGACGGCGGGGUGUGGUUUGUGAAGUCAGAGCUGGACGGCAUCCCGGCCGAUGAUCUGGCCAAGUGGAAGAUGAUGACGAAUACGCAAACCCCAAGUCAAGAAAUUUAUGUGUUUGUGCCCUUUGCCAAUGGGGGGAUGAUGACGGUGGGAACACUGGCUAAUAAUCCGAACACUCGUAAGAAGAUGUACCUGGAGAACAACCGAAAGCUGGCAGUCAAUGGUCCCAUCUUUGAGGAGAUCAUCAAGCGACGUACCUCUCAGGCGCACCUUUUGGGAUACCCUUCGCAUGCGGCAGUGGUGUUGGAAAGAAGGAUAGCGAAGACACCACAAUGGGUGGAAACCUUCCUGAGUCAGAUCCAGGAUGAUCUGGUGGCACGGGGAAAGACAGAAGUCGAAGUAUUGCAGAGACAUAGGCUCCAGGAUCUACAAUCACAAGACCAAGAAGUGGAAGGAAGAUUUCCGGCAUGGGAUCAGAUGUAUUAUCAGCGUCUGGUCGAGAAGGGGUUUCAAAUCGACCACGUCCAGAUCGCUGAGUUCUUUCCAGUAGAGAGAACAGCGGCAGCUAUGUUGGAGAUAUUUGCAUCUGUGUUGGGAUUGCGUUUUGAUGCCAUCACCGCGCAGUCUGACCAGCUCUGGCAUGAGAGCGUCCAAGUGUUUGCGGUCUGGGAUGACCGUUCCUCUGAAUUCAUCAGAUAUCUUCAUUUCGACCUCUUGUGGCGUGAGAACAAGUAUCGAGGAAACCAGAACGUGACUAUCGAGGCGGGAUACACCAAGUCCGACGGCAGCAGAUCUUAUCCUUCCACCAUUCUCAUGUGCGCGUUUCCCACUCCCACCCCAGACAGCUGCGCUCUACUCAAGCAUCAUCAAGUGAUAACCUUAUUUCAUGAGCUCGGCCAUGGUAUCCACAACCUCCUCUCAAAAACCAAAUAUGUCCGGUUUCACGGUGUCAACCUCCCCCGCGACUUAUCCGAGAUGCCUAGCACUAAUCUAGAAAACUGGUGCUGGAUACCUGACGUAUUAAAGAGUAUAAGCUGUCAUUACACCACUAUGAACUCGAACUAUCUAGCCAAAUGGCGAAGUCAGAACCCCGGCCUGCCUGACCCACCGCAGAAGAUUCCCGACGAGUUGGUUGAUAACCUCGUCAAAUAUCGUUAUUGGGGACGGGGGCUUUAUCAUCUGGAGCAAUUAACAACCUCGCUCUUCGACCUCAAAAUCCACUCCUUCCGAAACCCCCAGGACCUAUCAUCCCUCAACAUGCACAAACUCUGGUACGACCUUCGUCACCAGCUCGAAGGUAUGGAUUUCUCUGAAUGUCGAGACGGGUUCGAUUACUGCGCCUUUACUCAUCUGUGUGCUGCCUAUGAUGCGGGUUAUUACUCUUAUCUAUGUUGCGCCGCCUUCGCAGAAGACGUCUUUCAGACUAAAUUCGCUCAUGAUCCCUUCAACCGCGAUGCAUGGGAUGAGUAUCGGAGGGAAUUCUUGCAGAUUGGUGGAGGAAAUGGAGACAUGCUGGGAUUAAUGACGCAGUACUUGGGCCGGGCACCGAACUCGAGGGCAUUGGUGGAUCGGUUGAUGGGGGCGACAGCAGUGGUAUAG